UCACUGCCGUCUGCUUUUAUUUCACGUUUCGUUUGCAGCAGAUACAUAUUUACACGUGAAGUGGGCGUCAAAAUCUGACUUGCGUGUUGAAUAGGCAUAUCUCUGGAGCGCACUUAUCGUAAAGCCAAAUACGGAUAUAAAAUGGGUUUGUUGGCAAAGUGUCACUCAGAAUUUAUUGAAGUAGGCUAGUUGGAUUUCAAUGUACUGAAAGCAGCACUGAAUAUACGUGAGUUUGCGGACAUUUCGUUGUGAAGAAAUUAACAUGUUUCAUGGAAAUUAUCCCUAUCGCCUGGGAGACUGAGACGCAGAAAACUUCUAAUACCAACAAGCAUCAAGGUCCGUGGCACACAAACGAUGUCAUUGAAUUGUAAUGAAGACUUCGAUCCCGCAGAUUUUUCUCGCCGCUUUCGCCUGCAUUCUUUUGACCCUCAUUCUGUGCUUUCUAAACCUUCCGCAACCGAUAAAAAGUUUUAAUGAACAUACAGGUAGAGAAGAUUACAGAGUUACCAUUCUUGUUUGGUGGCUGCCAUUUGGGAAUUACCAGAGGAUGCCAGACUGUGCCGCUAGUUAUGGAAUCCAUGGGUGCACAGUAACUACUGAUCACGACGCUUACUCACAAGCCGACGGUGUAAUCAUUCAUCACAGGGAGGUCGUGGGCAAUCUCAGCGGGCUACCACGCAGCCCUCGGCCACAGAGGCAGAAGUGGAUAUGGAUGAACUUCGAGUCACCCAGCCACACCUCAGGCUUGGAGGAGUUGGAAGGAAUCUUUAACUGGACCAUGUCUUACAAGGUGGGGUCUGACAUUUUCAUGCCAUAUGGAUACCUGCGAGCCCGGAAAGCCUCAAGGUCCUCCCCUGUGCUCUUGCCACACAAAAAAAGGCUGGUGGCCUGGGUCAUCAGCAACUGGAAUGAGGACCAUGCCCGUGUGAUCCUUUACUGGAGGCUGAGGAGGUAUCUUCCUAUUGACGUGUAUGGCCGUAAUGCCAGACAGCUGGUGAACAACAGCAUGGUGCAGACUGUUUCACAGUACAAGUUCUACCUGGCCUUUGAGAACUCACAGCACCCGGACUAUAUCACAGAGAAACUGUGGCGGAACGCUUUGGGGUCCAGUGCUGUGCCAGUGGUCCUGGGGCCCCCACGGAGCAACUAUGAGAGGUUUCUCCCCCCGGAUGCUUUCAUCCAUGUGGAUGACUUCCAUAGUCCCAAGAUGUUAGCUGCAUAUCUGAGGUUCCUGGCCAAAACCCCCCAGUUAUACAGACGUUACUUCAACUGGAAAAGGGACUACGCGGUCCAUGUCACCUCCUUCUGGAAUGAACACUACUGCGCUGCCUGUAAAGCGGUGUUGGCUGGCAGGUACCAGACUAAAGUGGUGUCUGAUCUCACCUUAUGGUAUGAAAGCUGAGUUUAUGGUUGUCACAAUUUGUAUGAUUUAUUGUCGGUAUGUGAAGUAAAAUAAGUUGAAUUUAUUGCAAUAUCUGCAGGAAAAUUAUAUUUUAAACUGAGGAUAACGGUUGACUCAGUGCUUUUUAUACGCACAGCAAAUUCAGUUUAGCUGAUAUUGACAUGAAUGUAAGUGCACUUAUUAAAUUCAGUCACAGCACCUGCAAACACACUUGUAUCAUCUGGUCUAAGUCCCGUGGUGGUUUACCUGUUGUAAAUUAUAUUGGUUUAUUGGUUUCAUUGGUUCAUGACAAAAUUAUAUUGUGUCAAUGUGAGCAGAAUACUUAGAUGUGUAAUCUAUUUGACUUGCUGGCUGGCUGACUGAAUCACAGGGCUAUAGACUGUAGUAUUUGAAUGCUGCAAUGUUUAUUUGUGUUGUAAUGUCUCUGAAAAUGGCUCUUAAAUGUUCAUCCACAUUUAUGGUGAAAAAUAGAUAGCCUACUUUUUGUAAAAAUGGCUACACAGUUGUCCGUUCACUUAGGUAAGUAGAUGUAAACUACACCUCUCCACCCACCCACUGUUCAUGAGUAGGGCUUUCUUUUUGGUUCUUUGGCUGUGCUGAUCCAACAUUCCUGACCUUAUAGGUAAAAUCACUCAACACUGCAGUCUCACAAAAGGAGGUUUAUGGUUUAUGAACAGUAUUAAGUUAAGGAAAUGUGCAAUAUGACUUGGCUCUUUGUUCUAUAUCUUGGUCCUAACACAUUGCCCUAUUGAGGCCAGUAAGCCAAAAAGAUGCAAUAACAAGGAGCACAUUUUCUAAGUGUGAUGCUGCAUUGGGGGUUGUUUGUGGAAAGAGGUGCACAUGAAUAACUACUGGUCUCUGCCCUCUUCCUGCUAUUUGUGCAGAGCCAGCCCACACACCUUUAGUUGAUAUUGCGUUAUGACUUUUAGUGUGCAGGUUGAAAGAGGAUACAUGGGAGGAUACCAGACCUGGGUCAAAUA